GCUCAAAGUCCAAAUGUAGGAGAACAAUGCGUACAGUGGCGAGUCCUGGACCUGAUGAACAGGGGAAACUCAUAACAGCAAAAAACAUUUGAUGUCCCGAAGAGCGAGGCCGGCCGGUUAAAUACAACCAUCGAAAAAGCGUUGAAGAGAAGUGGACAGGCAAAUAUGGAGGAGGAAUAUGACGGAAAUGAAUGCAAAAAAAGCCGAUGUUAUGCCUGGUUCAUAUGCGGUGUGAGUUUCACUGUACAGUUCAUGGCGAUGAGCUUUUUUGGAUCUUUUGGUCCGCUGUAUGUUGAGUUGCUACGGGUGUUUAAAGAGGGAGAUGCCAAAACAGCUUGGGUAGCGUCAAUUUCAUUUUCAAUAUGUUUUCUGGUAUCACCGAUCACCUAUCGGAUAGAUGAGCGAAUUGGACAACGUAAGACAAUGAUGAUUGGCUCUGUUCUGUUCGGACUUGGCUUAUUCUUAUCCUCGUUUGCAAAUAGCCUCAGCCUCCUCUUCGUUACCAUUGGUGUUCUGGUAGCAAUUGGCCACAGCUUUUGCCAAGCUGCGUCAAUGUUCGUUUUGCCGCAUUUUUUUGGAAAUAAUUACGCGAUGCCCUUGGGAAUUGCGUUGAGUGGCGCAAGUACUGGCGCACUAGCUUUAUCGAGCUUGAAGGAACUCAUAUUCAGGAAGUUUGCUUUCAAGAUGGGUAUGCAGAUAUUAUCCGGGACCGCACUCAUACUGCUCCUCUGCGGAAUUACCUUCAAGCCUCCAAAGGCCAAGACGCUCAAAUCAGAGAAUAGCAGAAGACGGGAUAGUAUUGAUGAAAGAUAUCCACCACUGCAGAAGAAUAAGGCCUUCCAACUGCUGUUAUUAGCAUCUUUUGUAUACCAUUCGGUAUAUCUGGUCACAUACGUCCACCUGACACGGCUUGCAGGAGACCUUGGUAUAUCUGAUACCAAAGCAGCAUUAUUGCCCGGGUUUGUAGCAAUCAUGGAAUCUGUUGGAAAGGUUUGCGCGGGAAAGUUUAUCAGCCUCUUUGACUCUAAAUGCUUAACGCUUUACCAAUCUUCCUGGCUUGGUAUGGCAAUAAGCACGUUUUUGUGUCCACUGGCAACAGGCUUUACCGGUCUAGCGUUGUAUGCUGUUGGGUGGGGUUUCUGCGUUGGUGCGGCGGCAGGGUCUUGUGUCCCUGUCAUUCGGUAUCUGGUCGGGAACAGAAAUGUUAUCAGAGCAUAUAGCAUAUUUCUAAUGUGCUUCUCGCCAGCUGUAUUAGCAGGACCACCUCUAGCGGGAUGGCUUCGUGAGAAGACACACUCUUAUGAUGUUGCACUGUAUGUAACAGGAACAAACUUUGCAGUUGCAAGUGCCAUGAUAUUUCUAGUGAAACUGUUUGACCGAAUGCAAAGGAAGACCUACUUUGAUCAACCCAACCCAUUCAAUGUUGGAGAAGAUGAUGCUGAGAGUUGUGAAGAGAAAGAUCCAAGCGAUGCAGAUAAGAAAUCGAUUGUUAAUACUGAGAUAGAUUUUAAUCUUAUUCACCAAGACACCAAGAAAGAAAAGAACGACAGACAUGAAGAUCUUAUUGAAGAAUUUCACUGCAAUUUGGAGAGAAGCCAAGGUAAAAAGCUUUUACCAGCAAAGGAAACUGACUUGUAGGUUAUUCGUAAAACUUGUUGAUAAAUAGGGCUUUGUAUACUAGGAAUUUUUAUAAAAGAUUGUUAAUUUGUGUCUCAAAAGUAGCUAUUGAUACUUUGGCAAAAAAUUUAAAAAUGUGUUGGUAGAAAAAUUCAUUUGUAUAGGUAACAUAUUUUCUUCUUUUUGUUGUUGUAAAUUUUGUUUCGUAUGUAUAUUUUGUAAAUUAAUUGUUUAGUCAGUGUGUGACUAGGACGCUUGUUAAUUUUGAGGAUGUCUCUAAAAAACAGAUAGAUUUAACAACAAACUAUGAAUAUAAAUAGAAAGCGAGAUUGGUAGAUUGAAUAGAUGGAUUUCAUAACGUUGUAGCUAUGUUAAAUCCAAAGUAUAUUUUGCUAUAAAAA